UGUUUACUACUAGAAAUUUCGCGAAAUCGUGCAAAAGGUAUUUUUAUCGUGAAAAAACAGCCGCAAAUGUUCCACUAAACAAUGGUUAAUGUUAUGAAAGGAGUCCUUGUUGAAUGUGAUCCUGCUAUGAAACAAUUCCUCCUGCAUUUGGACGAUACACUCGCAUUGGGACGUAAAUUUAUCAUUCAAGACCUCGACGAGAAGCACCUUUUCAUCUCUACGGACAUUGUGGAAAUCCUCCAGGCUAAGGUGGACGAUUUGAUGGAUCAGAUGAGCUUCCCACUGCACGACAAAGGCAAUUAA